GUCACGUCAGAAUGGAACAAAAAACAAAAACCCAAAUUACAAAUAAUGGAAAACCGUGUUGUGCAUAUUUAUUUAAGUAUAAAUGUAGAUGAUAAUGCUACAGGCAUAGGCUGUGUAAACAUAUAAGCUUCUCCGUGGCUUGGGAUUCUUCUUGCAAAUCGUGCUUGCCCAACUUUUUCUUGCGUAUGGCUAAAUAUGUAUAAAAUUCGCACCGUAAAAAAUGAUCAAUUUUUUAUAAAGUUGGAAGAAUAAGAAAGGGGGCCUCGGACCAAAACUAUUUAUGGUUUCUGGGAAGUGACCAGUUCAGGGAGAGAUGGUGGGAAAAUGGAGAACAGGUUUGGUUUUGGUUCUGGUUGCAGUCUGCAUUUUGGGGUUCAAGCUUAGGUGUUCCGAUGGUGCAACAGAUCAAGGCGAUGCUACUGCCCUAGGGGUUAUGUUCAGCAGUUUAAAUUCACCGCAGCAGCUUACUGGAUGGACUGCUAACAAUGGUGAUCCAUGUGGGCAGCCCUGGAAAGGUGUUACUUGCUCAGGCCAAGUUGUCACCGAAAUUAAUCUGUCAAAUCUUGGACUUUCUGGCUCAGUGGGUUACAACCUUGAAAGUUUGACAUCAUUGAAGGAACUGGACUUGAGCCAAAACAAUCUUGCAGGCAAUAUACCAUAUAAUAUUCCUCAGAACUUGACACGGCUAAAUCUUGCAUAUAAUCAAUUUACUGGAAGCGUCCCUUAUUCCAUUAAUCAGAUGCAUUCUCUUCAGUACCUAAAUCUUAGUCAUAACCAGUUACAGUACCAAUUAAAUGAAAUGUUUGGACCACUUUCUUCUCUCUCCACAAUGGAUCUCUCUUUCAACAAUCUAACUGAUGCCCUCCCUGAGAGUUUUAAGAAUCUUACAAGUGUGAAGUCUAUGUACUUGCAAAACAACCAGUUUACAGGCACUAUUGAUGUCCUUGCCAACCUUCCCCUUGAUAAUCUUUAUAUUUCCAAUAACCAUUUUACCGGCUGGAUACCUGAUCAAUUGAAAAGUAUCAAUUUGCAGACGGACGGUAAUUCAUGGAGUUCAGGGCUUGCACCCCCUCCUCCACCUGGUACCCCUCCUGCCCCUAGAAACAACACAAUGCACAAAUCUGUUAGCCAUACUUCCCCACCAGACAGUGGUUCCAGUAGUGGGAGUACCAGCAAAUCAGGGAUUGGAGGUGGAGGCAUAGCAGGAAUUGUGAUAUCUAUCCUUAUUGUUAGCGCUAUACUAGCAUUCUUUCUGGUGAAGAGAAGAUCCAGGAGAUCAUCGUCAGAUAUUGAAAAGCUUGAUAAUCAAUCGUUUGCUCCUCUAGCUUCUAAGGAAGUGCAAGAAAGGAAAUCCAUUCAAUCUUCCUCUUCACUUGACACCAAGAUGUUUGAUAAACCCGCUUCAGUAAACCUUCGACCCCCACCUGUAGACCGUCUCAAAUCAUUUGAUGAAGAAGACUUUUCUAAUAAGUCCAUUGUUGUUAAGAAAGCUGUCUCAGCUCCUUUAGAUGUUACAUCAUAUUCAAUAGCAGACCUCCAGAUAGCUACGGGGAGUUUCAGUGUUGAAAAUCUUCUUGGUGAAGGAACUUUUGGACGCGUUUAUCGAGCCCAAUUGGAUGAUGGCAAGGUUCUUGCUGUGAAGAAAAUAGAUUCAACAGCUCUUCCCAGUGAAAAUUCUGAUGAAUUUAUAGAGAUGGUUUCAAAUAUAUCUCAGCUGCAUCACACUAAUGUAACAGAGCUGAUUGGCUAUUGUUCAGUGCAUGGGCAACACCUGCUUGUCUAUGAGUUCUACAAAAAUGGCUCACUUCAUGACUUCCUGCAUCUAUCAGAUGAGUACAGCAAGCCUUUGAUUUGGAAUUCCCGCGUCAAAAUUGCGUUGGGGACUGCACGUGCACUAGAGUACCUUCAUGAAGUUUGCUCACCGUCUGUUGUUCAUAAAAAUAUCAAGUCAGCCAACAUCUUACUUGAUGCUGAGCUCAAUCCUCACCUUUCAGACUCAGGAUUGCCAACCUAUAUUCCCAAUGCAGAUCAGUUACUGAAUGGUAAUGACAUGGGGUCUGGAUACAAGGCACCGGAGGUUACUAUGUCUGGGCAGUACUCCCUGAAGAGUGAUGUUUACAGUUUCGGGGUGGUUAUGUUAGAACUUCUCACAGGGCGUAAGCCAUUUGAUAGCACAAGGCCAAGAUUAGAGCAAUCUUUGGUUCGAUGGGCAACGCCUCAGCUCCAUGAUAUCGAUGCUCUAUCUAAGAUGGUUGAUCCAGCACUUGAAGGGCUUUACCCUAUUAAAUCUCUCUCUCGUUUUGCCGAUGUUAUUGCACUUUGUGUCCAGCCUGAACCUGAGUUUCGGCCACCAAUGUCGGAAGUGGUUCAAGCGUUGGUUCGAUUGGUUCAACGAGCUAAUAUGAGUAAGAGGACAAUAGGGACGGACCAAUAUGGUUCUCGACGAACCAACAGCACCGAUGAAUCACAUGACUAUAUGUCCUAAAUUGCUGCGCUAUAUAGCGUUGCUUGACUGUUGGAGAUGAGGACUUUGCGAUUGUAAUCGUGCUGUGUGUUUCUGUUUGAUUACAAUAUUAUUAAUGUUUAUAUACAACCCCCUAAUUUUAGCUUCAGUUUCAAGUCAACCCUGCACUUUGUAAAAUGUUGCAAUAUAGUCCAACCAGUGUCAUCAACUGAAGUUCUUUCAUCCUCUCUGUACACGUUGCACUUUAUUGGUGUU